UUACAUUACAAUAUUACUCAUAUACAAAAAAAGUAUAAUGGAAACAAGUAUAGAUUUAUCAGAAUCAUCUAAAGAAAAAGCUCAUGUUUGUCAUACUGAUAUGAAUCAAACAAUGCAAGAUGAAAUAAUCUCUAUAUGUUUGAAAUUUUGGAGUAUAAAUCAACGAAGUUUAGAUACUACAGCAUAUAUUAAAAGAAAUUUGGAUAUAAAAUAUGGACCAGCAUGGCAUUGUAUUAUAGGUGAUGAAUAUAACAGUUGUGUUACACAUGAUUCACAAUAUUUUCUCGAUUUCAAAUUUGAGAAGAAAUCGUUCAUGAUUUAUAAAACUAGUUUAUAAUGAUGUUACAAAAGAGCUACACUGG